UUGCGAUUAUGAAUUUUCAUCUUAAAGAAAAGCCAUUAUCGCACUUAUACGUGACUUCAUGUGUACGUGCGCUGCAAUUGUAUCCGAAGCAGGACAUUCUGAGUGCGGGACAUAUUAUUACAUAUAACAAGCAAUUAAUUGAUCGCGUAUUACUAAGUUUAAACCCAACAGAGGCGAGAAUUCAUGUAAUCUGGGAAAAAUAUGAAUGUGCAACGACUCAGAUUAAACAUUGCUCUUACACUAAUUACAAAAGGAUACAUAUGCCGCGCACUGUAUUUAGUUUAUCACGGGCUACUAACGAUCCUCUCGAUAUAGAAUUCAAGUUAUUUUCUCGAAAUGAAUAUAUAGCAAAGAGUUAUGUCAAACCGAUUAACAUCGAGUUAAUAGAUAAUCCACGAUUUGUAUCACGAGAGUACACAACACUCUGGUUAAAAACAAGUAACAAAUUUAUUGUUCCUCAGGCUGAAAUGAUAUUUCUUUUCUCCAGCGAAUUCAGCCUUGUGGAUGCCGCUACUUUCAAUUUAAUUUAUAUGUAUACUCGUCUAGUAAGCCUUUCCCUCAAUAAGUAUUCAUACGGUGCUCGAAUGGCCAAUUUAAAAUGGAAGAUUCAUACCAAUAAACGUGGAAUUCAAACAUAUAUAAAUAAUAUGUCUAAAGAGCAGUUUGAGAAACAUAAGGAAGCGUUGAUUGAAAAGUAUUGUCAGGAACCUACAACGUUGAGUUCGGUAGCUGCUGCUUGUUGGGAUGAGAUUUAUAAUAAUAUAUAUUGCUUCAAACGACGAUCUUUUAACGUGAUGCACUUAGAGUCCAUGCAACAGGAUCAAUUCACUAAUCUUUAUAAGAGCAUGCUACUUAACGAAAGAAAAAUAUCGGUACAUGUGAUAUCUACGCAAAAUGAUGUUUCACGAUUACCAUAUAAUAUACUAUUUCAUGGAAGUCAACUAAAAUUAAUAGCUAAUGGCAAUGCUAAUAUCAUUAAUAAUGACAAAACUGGCUAUACAACGUCUAUGAAGAAAGUUACAGUAAUGGACAACAUCAUGAUUUUUCAAAAAUUUCACUGUCUUGAAGAGGAACAAAAAAAAAUUAAUCUUUGA